ACUAAUAAUUCUCAUAUAUAAAAGCAAAACCCUGCUUCACAAGAGCUUCUCUGAAACCCUAGCCCUCGCCGUCUCUGUUAGUUGGGAACUCUUCUGCUUCGAAAAUGGGUAUCUCACGUGAUUCUAUGCACAAGAGGAGGGCCACUGGUGGCAAGAAGAAGGCCUGGAGGAAGAAGAGAAAGUAUGAGCUCGGAAGGCAGCCAGCAAACACAAAGCUGUCUAGCAACAAGACAGUUAGGAGAGUUAGGGUUAGAGGUGGAAAUGUGAAAUGGCGUGCGUUGAGGCUGGAUACUGGAAACUACUCAUGGGGAAGUGAAGCUGUUACCCGAAAGACGAGAAUUCUUGAUGUGAUGUACAAUGCAUCAAAUAAUGAGCUUGUUCGUACUCAAACUUUGGUGAAGAGUGCUAUUGUACAGGUUGAUGCUGCACCUUUCAAGCAGUGGUAUCUUCAACACUAUGGAGUUGACAUUGGUCGCAAGAAGAAAACUGCUGCUCCUGCCAAGAAGGAAGGAGAGGAAGGUGAAGCUGCUGCCGCUGCAACAACUGAGGAAGUGAAGAAGAGCAACCAUGUCUUGAGAAAGCUGGAGAAGAGACAAGAGGGUCGCAAGCUUGACGCACAUAUUGAAGAACAAUUUAGCGGUGGCCGUCUAUUAGCCUGUAUCUCAUCACGCCCCGGCCAGUGUGGCCGUGCUGAUGGGUACAUUUUGGAAGGCAAAGAGCUCGAGUUCUACAUGAAGAAGAUUCAGAAGAAGAAGGGCAAAGGAGCUGCCUAAAUUUUUUGCUGUCUGAACUCCAUAUUAAGAUGAAGAAUAGACUUUUUGUUUCAAUUUAAUUUUGUGUCUGUUGGAUUGUACUUUUAAUGAGAUUAUUUAUUAAAAAUUGUAGCACAAACAAGGAUUUGCAGAGUUAACUAAAAUCACAUCAGCACUCUUUGUUACAUGUUUAAA